AAGUCAAGAAGCCCCACAUUUGACUUAAAACCCUUCACCAGCUCAAACAAUGGUCACAAUUUCAAUAGAAUUGCAUAAACUGGGUGCCAACACGUUAUAUAUAUAGCAUGCUGACAAGGAACAAGACCCCACUUACUAGAAUAAUCUCCUACCUUUCUUUCCUUCCGAUUCUAAUUCAAAUAACGUACACCUCAUCCCAACAACUCCACAUUAUCACAUUCUUCAUUUUCCCACUAAUUAGCUCAGAGGGUGUCAAAUUCCCUUAGCGAAGUUUAUCCAAUUUUUUCAUGCCCCAAAAUUGUAUGAUGGAGCCAGAGUACACAGGAGAAUCAGCAUGUUGCUUUUGCUUCCCGUCCACCAAGAAGAGUGUUGCAAGGAAUGGUAAAAGAAGCAGUGGAGUGUUGUUGAGUUCAGAACACGUUGAGUGGGGUAAGAAUGAUGAAAUACUCUCAGACACGAGCACCUUUUCGGUGAAAGAACAAGAAAGGAGGCUGAAGAAAGCGUUGGAAGAGGAAGAGAGGGCAAGCAAGGAAGCUGAGAGGAUUGUCAAAUGGGUGAAGCAGGAAUCAGCUAGAAUUGAUGUUUCUGCAAUCAAAUCAAUUCUCAGUGACGAGAAAGAAGCAAAUGUUAAGUGAUACUUGACUACUUGUGAGUUUGUAAUUGAUCUCUGUUGUCUUUCUCUUAAACUUUAUUUUGGUAAGUUGUAAUUACAAGAAAUUCGAAUGUGUAUAGAAAAUUAACCGGAGGCAUGCUAA